ACAAUAAAUAUGGAAAAAUCAAUUUAAAGUUUAUUAUAUUAAAAGAUAAAUUAUUGGAGAUUUAAUAAAAAAAAUAUACCAAAAGAAAUAAAAUAAAAUAAUUAGUACAUGCUUAGUUAUAGAAACGUCAUUACACCAUGACAUUUCAAUGAGUCGAGUUAGUACCAAAAAGCAAAAAUUGUGUGAUCGGAUCUCUUCGUACCAUUUCCACAAUUAGGAGCGGCAAGUAAGCUAGAGGCCAAAGGGGCAAAGCUCGGAGUAGCAGGAUUCAUGUCCCUCCACGCCCAGCCUACUUCACUCUCUGCCUAGAUAGAUACUCUACUGUACUGAUACCCUUGUGCUUUCCUUUCUCUCCCUCCAUCCACUUCACAGAUUCUCUUCAUCGCACCUUUUCGUUUGUUUUAGAUUUCGGAUUAGAUUCCUCCCUAUAAAUUCCCCCCCAAUCAUGGCGGCAGCCCAAUCGCCAUCACCACCCGAUCUUUCCACCGGUAACAAUUUCCUUCAUCACCAUCUUCAAUCUUUGAUCAUCUCUCUCUCUCUCUGUCUCUGUCUCUGUUUCCAUUCCCUUGCUCUUUUAAUUCUCUUUUCAUCUCGUUCUUGAUCGUUCGGUCUUCCGAUUUGAUCUCGAUCGAUCUGUCCUGUUUGUGCUUUUGAUUUGAUGGCCCCGAGUUGUUUCGUGGAUUGAUGGGGAUGGAGUUCGAUUCUGAUAUGUGCGAUCUAUGCCGUCUGUGUUGUGUUGUCUGGUUUUUCAAAUCUUGAACGAUUAUGGCUCUUGUGUGGUUUAGUACUAAAUUUCUGCAUCUGGGGAUCGUAAAGUUAGAAUCUUUAUUUGAUCUGGGUUGCUGGGAUGAUUUUGAAGGGAUGGAUUGUGUUUUCUUACAUAUAGUGAUCUCAGAUCCUGGUGAUAUGAAAUAUCCGGAGUCUCACUUUAUGAAAACUGUAGUGUUGUGAAUCUUUUGUCAGAAAUUGAAAACUCACCAUGCCCCUUUCUUAAACUGGGAAGUGUAGUAGGAAAAAGAAAGAUGUGUGAUUGGGGAAAACCAUGAAAUACGAUUGAAGCUGUGAUCUAUGUGAACCUCUGAAGAUGUUAGCUUGGCUCUUAGGGCAGACAAAUUCCUGUAUACCUGUACUGUCAUAUGGGUAUUGAAUCCGUAACCUGAUCCUCAAAGCCCACUCUGGUGACUAAUAGAGUUUGGUACCUUACUACUUGGCGCAUGGUUUAUUGUUUUAGGAAGAGCAAUAUGGGAAUUCAUAGUGGUCAUUUGAAUGUUUAAUUCUCGGUUUAGUAUCGCGAUCAAGUGAUUUGAACUAGAUCUGGCUGCUUCUUACUUCAAGAGUAUUCACAUUCUUUAUUUUAUCAUGUGUACCUAAUAGGUGUGUUUGCGUGGAUUUGUGCGCAUAUUCGUUGCUUCAAGUUUUGCUAUCAACAGUUUUAAGCUUUGGUUGGUCAAAUAUUAUGUACUGCCUGUGUUUGUAAGGCUCUUCUGAGUCACUGAGCAUAUUGAUCAUGGAUGCAGAAGAAAAACUUCUUGAACCAGAUAACAUGAAGGAGCGGGCUGCUGCCACUAUAGGUCAUCCGAGGGAUGCGGGGCAGUUUGGAUCUUUUGGUUCCAAUGGAGAUCAAACGGUCUAUCCUCCAAAUAUGUAUGCUCCUCAGCCUCAGGCUUUCUACUACAGAGGGUAUGAAACUGGUGAAUGGGAUGAAUUUCCUCCUUAUAUAAAUGCUGAAGGACUGGACAUGGGAUCAGCAGGCAUCUAUAAUGAGAAUCCUUCUCUUGUAUUCCAUGGUGGAUAUGGCUACGGGCCACAAGUUCCAUAUGGGCCAUAUUCUCCUGUCACACCACCUUUACCUUCUGUAGGUGGAGAUACACAGAUGUACCCUCAUCAACAAUUCCAGUUUUCUGGCCCCCCUUAUUACCAACAGCUUGGUCCUCCUAACAUGCCAUAUAUUCCCCCACACAAUCCUGUUUCACAGCCUGAAUUCAAUACUUUGCCAACAAUGGAUCAUCGAGGUGAGAACAUGCUAUCUAGACCAAGGCCUACUUACCCUCUUCCCUCAGGAUCUUUUGGUAGAGGCAACGCUCCUGGCAAUCUUGGUGGUCUUGGUUUUCAUGAGGUGUUUGAUGGAUUAAGUUCUGGAGGGAUAUGGUCUGAUUACUCAAAACCCUCUGAUAGGCACAGGCCUUUUACUCCCUACUCACCUGCAGUAUCCCCGCAACCAACCGCUCCUUUCGGGUCAUUUGGGCAGAAUGUUGGAAUGGCACCUCAACAACAAAGAGCUUAUGGCUUUGGCUCUGGUUCAAGCUCCAUUGGUAGAGGUUAUACAUAUGGUGGUUUUAAUCAAGGGCCCAGCUUUGGUAAUGCUUCCAUUAAGGGUGUGGGGACAAACACUCGUGGUUGGCUUUCCUUUGAUAAUAGUAGAUGGCGCGGAAAUAGUGGUGUUUCUCUGUGUGGCUGCAAUGGGAACCUUGAUAUCCUUAGUGAGCAAAACCGAGGGCCAAGGGCCUCAAAGCCUAAGAGUCAAAACACAACAGAGCAAACUGGUGCUUCAGCUGACAGUACCAAAUGCAGCAAACCCGCUUCAAAGGUCAAUAAUGACAAUUUGUACAACCGACCGGAUUUCAUUACUGAAUAUAAGGAGGCAAAGUUCUUCAUUAUCAAAUCGUACAGUGAAGAUAAUGUCCACAAGAGCAUUAAAUAUGGUGUUUGGGCUAGCACACCCAAUGGAAACAGAAAAUUGGAUGCUGCUUAUGCUGAAGCUAAGAACGAAGAUCCUUGCCCAAUUUUCCUCUUAUUUUCAGUUAACGCCAGUGCUCAGUUUUGUGGAGUUGCUGAAAUGACUGGACCAGUAGAUUUUGAGAAGAGCGUUGAUUACUGGCAACAAGAUAAAUGGAGUGGGCAGUUCCCUGUUAAGUGGCACAUUAUCAAGGAUGUCCCCAAUAGUCAGUUCCGCCAUAUAGUUCUGGAAAAUAAUGAUAACAAGCCUGUCACUAAUAGUCGGGACACACAAGAGGUGAAACUCGAGCAGGGCAUCGAGAUUUUGAACAUAUUCAAGAACUACGAGACAGAGAUGUCCAUCUUGGACGACUUUGACUUUUAUGAAGACAGACAGAAAGUAAUGCAAGAAAGGAAAUCCAGACAGCAGCAAGUGACUCCCAUUCCUGACACCGUCGUUCCGGAAAACGAACCGAGAAAGGCAGUGAUCCCCCCCAGUAGUUUUAUCAAGCAGAUGUCCAAGAGCUUUGCUCAGGUGGUGCGCUUGGAAGAUGAUGCCAGCAAAGAAAGCUGCAAUGCAGGCGAGGGAGGAGCUGUUCCCAUCUCGUCAGGCGGUUUCAUAGGUGCCACCGUGAUUCCACACCUAGAAGAAGUUGUGACGACGACAGUCUCCACUUCUCCUGCAACUACCGGCGUGUAGGAAGAAAUGAACUGACAUCCUUGAUAUCCCAUCUCGAUGAAUCUGGCAUGAGGUGAUUGGUUGGGCAGCAGAGGAUUACUAUUGGCGUUGCAUGAAGCUAUGACAGGCAAUAUUAUGCAAGUUCUGUCUGAUACUUUGAGAAUGUAGUUUUUGGCUUUGAUGUUCUUUAUUUUUGUUUUGUGAUGUUGGCAUCAGGUUGCCAGUUUGUUUGAUAUCUUCAAGUUUUGGAAGUGAUAGAAGGUUGACAUUAUGAGUUUCUCCAUGUGUAAUAUAGAUGCGAUUGAGCAUUCAGUUUAGAGGGUUUUGCUUUUCUGUUUUCCUGGGUCUCUCCCCUUUGAAUACACUUAUGUUGCUGUUUUGUGUUAUAUUUGGGUUUUCUGCUGCUUUCAGAUUGUUUAGCAAUUAUGGACACUGGAUUGUAAUAAGUUCUAGUUGAUGAGAUUGGAUGAAAAAAAAUGGUUGAAUAGUUCAUGAGAUUAUAUAUAUAAAAGAAAAUUAUAUGAAAUAAGCUGAUUUGUGUGGUAUCAUGCCAACACAUCAAAGUUCUAGUGGUAUCAUCCCCAAACUUCGGUUAAUUCACGGUCGAAAUCGUAAAGUUUGACGGACAUAUAAUAGUGUGAAUAUAUGCAUAUAGUGUAUGCUAGGUUGAACUAUAUAUAUGGGUUCAGGCUAGCGUACGCCAGGGCGUACGUUAGACUACAGUACGCCCGUUUGAGUUUUGCUAUUUGAUGAAUUAACAGGAUAUAUGGGCAUGAUACUAUACCGGAGUUUGAAGAUUUAUUAUAAUUGUUAUUCAUAUGAUCCUUGAUUUUUCCGAAAUUGUAAUCCAGCAACAUCCACGAGUUUUUCUUUUUCUCCAUAAGAAACAAAAUCCAGGAGGAAUCUAUAAUUAAAGAACAGCAUCCACAAGUUUAAUAUAUUGAAAUAAUUGGAAAGAAUCACUUGUGCAUUGCCUCAUCCCUAUCUGGGAUGUAUAUCUAUUCAGUAUUAUCUACAAUAAACAUUUUUUUUCAGCCCAAAAAGAAAAGGACAUUUAGCUUUUCUUUGGUUGAAAAAGACAUUUGGUGUUUCCACCCUCAAGAUAAAUAUUGAGUUAUUGGUCAAAAUAGAGAAAUGCAAAAUGAUGCUGAGUUUAUAUGAUUACAUUCAUCAGAGUAAUUUCUAAAUUGGUCUGUACAGUUCGAUUUUAUUUAGGUCUGUUUAGCAUGCAACUCGAAGUAGAAUGAGACGAAAUAUGUAAAUUAUUUUUUUUCUUAUUCUGACACGUUCUACGCUAUUCUCAAUUAAUAUUUAUUUUUGUAAUGAAUAAGAACAGACUUCAUUUCAUCAAAUAUGAUCAAACACAAUUCAGUUACAAUCAAAUCACCCUAGUACCAACCUUACUCCAAAAUUGUCUAGCUACAUAUUCCUCUGUUCUUGCAGGUUUAUUACACACAAAAAAGCUAAACGAAGAUUUAAUUUCUACAGCAGCUUGCGUCAUAUAUAUAUAUAUUAAUUCUGAAUCCUAUAACGACUUCUUUCUAAAAAAAUAUUUAUCCAUAUUUUCCGCCACACUUCACUAACCACCCUUGCUUCGAUAUCUACCUAUAUUUUGAUGUAUUAUGCCGAAAUAAUUAUAAAGUCAACACAACUCGAGUUAUCACCCCUCUUUUCCCUACCUAUCAACACUCCCAUCUUAAGCUCUUAACCUCUCCUUCAAAGUUGCCAUUGCAGUUGUUGCAGCCAGCCAUCAACCUUGUCCAAAUAUAACAUGACUAUGGUU